AGUGUUUCAUACUCCCUCUCCUUCCUCUCACAGGCAGGCCUCUGCAUUUUACUUAGCAGAUAGGUUUUCAACAAGUGCAGUUAGUAGUUGGUAAGACACAAGCUAGACUUUUCUGAGUUCUGAUAGGACCUGACAAGGGUUUUUACCUUGAACCUAGAGCAAACAUGAGGACAACCCUACUUUUUUCAUCACUUCUGGUGGCAUCUGGACGAACAAGAUUUCAGUGAACCAGAGACUUAAUGUUCUUCACCUUGAAGGCGCAGGACUGUCUUCCUUGUCAUUUGGAGUGAUCACCUUUUGUUACAUUGCUGUGGAACACAGAUUUUUGGGUGAAUUGGUUUGUGUACAGCUUUCCUCCUGGAUUACGUGUGGAGAUUAGUGAUGGGGAAUGCGGCCGCAGGUGGCUUGGAGCAUGAGGCGGCUGAGGGCAGAGAGGCCAGAAACUCAGCUGGGGCAGUUUCAGCGAUGAGCGACCCCACACUGUCUUUGCAGAAGAAGCAGUCUUCUCCCCCAAAACUUCCAAUGCCCCCAGGAGAGGAGCUGGAGGAACGCUUCAAUGUGGUGCUGAGCUACAUGAAUUUGCCUCCAGACAAACUUAAGCUGCUGAGUCAAUAUGACAAUGACAAGAAAUGGGAAUUAGUCUGCGAUCAGGAGCGCUUCCAAGUCAAGAGCCCUCCGUCGACUUACUUGUCAAAAAUUAAGAGCUUCUACCAAGAUCAAGGCGGGGUGUCCCGCAGGUCAAAGAAAAAAAUUCAAGAUGCAACCCAGGUCCUUAAAGCCUUGGAGAUAUCUCUUCGUACCAAUCACAUUGGAUGGGCUCAGGAAUUUCUCAAUGAGCAGAACAAAGGUUUGGAUGUUCUGGUGGAAUACCUGUCCCAUGCUCAAAGUGACAGCUCAUUUGAUUUGGAGACUGUGGAAAAUGGUGGCACCCUAUCAGAAAGACAAAAACCGGCAGAGCGGUCAAUGGAAGAUUUGACCAAGAGCUCCAGCAGUGGUCACUCGCAUGGGAUGACCAGAGCCGCACGGGCCCUUACUGUAAGAAUAAGCUCCACUCUGGCAAACAGGAUGCAUAAGAAGUCACAUUUGUCCCAUCAGAGAGAUGAUAUACACGUGUGCAUUAUGUGCUUAAGAGCCAUCAUGAACUACCAGUCUGGUUUUAACCUUGUAAUGACUCACCCAUGCUGUGUGAACGAGAUCACUCUCAGCCUCAACAGCAGGAAUCCCAGGACCAAAGCUCUCGUCUUGGAAUUGCUGGCUGCUGUUUGCCUCGUCAGAGGAGGGCAUGACAUCAUUCUCUCCGCUUUUGACAACUUUAAGGAGGUGAGCAAAGAGAGGAACCGCUUUGAAAAACUGAUGGAGUACUUCAUCAAUGAUGACAACAACAUUGACUUCAUGGUGGCCUGCAUGCAGUUCAUUAACAUUGUGGUCCAUUCAGUGGAGAACAUGAACUUCCGAGUCCAUCUGCAGUAUGAGUUCACUCACCUUGGAUUAGACAAGUAUCUGGAGAGUGUGAAACAGACAGAAAGUGAAAAGCUGAAGGUCCAGAUCCAGGCCUACUUGGACAAUGUGUUGGAUGUUGGAGCUCUGCUGGAGGAUGCUGAGAACAGGGGAGGAGUGCUGGAUCAUGUGGAUGAACUGCAGAAUCACAACGUACAGCUGAACUCCCGGCUUCAGGAGCUCGAGACUCAGACCACAGAGAGGAUAUCUGAACUGGAGACUCAGCUCAUGCAGGCCACCAAGGAAACUGAGUUGCUCAAAGAAAGCCUCCGGGAAUCAUGUUCCCAGGUUAGUUCUUUGCAGCAGAGAGAACGAGAGCGUGAGCUGGACAGAGAGAGGGAGAGGGACCGGGAGCGUCUGGGCACCUCUGCCAGUCACUCACCUUCUGAGCUGGAGCAGAAGAUCCAUGAGCUGCAGGACAAGGGGCUGAUCAGACUCGGACGCACUCCCUCAGGAGCUCUGGACAUCCAGGUUGUGCCUGUGAAAGUUGUUGAGUAUGUCCAAAGCCCAUCCUCAACCACCCAACCAAGCAUCUCCUCCUCAGCAUCCACCCUCCCCUCUCCACCUUCUCCAUCUACCCCUCCUGGUGGUCCAGGAGAGACUGUGACUCCUCCCCCACCACCUCCUCCUCCAUCAAGUGGAGGCUCUGUUGCUCCUCCUCCACCCCCUCCACCCCCUCCACCACCCGGGGCAGGUCCACCACCUCCUCCUCCUCCACCUCCUCCACCUGGUGCUGGACCCCCUCCUCCACCUCCUCCACCUGGUAGUGGUCCCCCACCUCCUCCUCCCCCACCUGGUGGAGGACCCCCACCUCCUCCUGGAGCUCCAGAUGCCCAAUCUGGGUUCAAGACUAAGAAACCCAUUCAGACCAAGUACAGGAUGCCUUUGUUAAACUGGCAGCCUUUAAAACCAAACCAAGUAACAGGCACAGUGUUCAACGAGCUAGAUGACGAGCAGAUCUUAGUGGAGCUGAACAUGGAGAUGUUUGAGGAACAGUUCAAAACAAGGGCCCAGGGAAAUCCAGCAGACCUGUCCAAGGUUAAGAAAAAGGUGACGCAAAAAGCUCCCACCAAGAUAUCCCUCAUUGAUGGAAACAAGGCAAAAAAUCUAGCCAUCACUCUUCGCAAGGGAGGAAAGAGCCCAUCGGCUAUCUGCACAGCCAUAGAGAUGUAUGACCAGCAGUCUCUGUCCAUAGACUUCCUGGAAUUGCUUGAACACUUCAUACCAUCAGACUUUGAAAUGAAACUUCUUGUGAACUACGAGAAAGAAGGUCGUCCACUGGAGGAACUGACAGAUGAAGACCAAUUCAUUUUACGUUUCGGGAAGAUCGCUCGUCUAAGUCAGCGAAUAAACACACUCACCUUCAUGGGCAACUUCCCAGAGAGCAUCAAACGCCUGCGGCCGCAACUUAAUUCCAUCAUUGCUGCAUCCAUGUCUAUCAAGUCUUCAGCUAAACUGAAAAAGAUCUUAGAAAUUGUUCUCGCCUUUGGUAACUACAUGAACAGUAGUAAGAGAGGUGCGGCAUACGGUUUCAGGCUGCAGAGUCUUGACCUUCUCUUGGAGACCAAAUCCACCGACCGCUCCCAGACGCUACUUCACUUCAUGACUAAUAUCAUUCUUGAAAAAUACCCGGACCUGGUCAACUUCCACACUGACCUUCACUUUAUAGACAAAGCAGCUCUUGUGUCCUUGGACAGCAUUCUUCAGGACAUCCGCUCAUUGGAGCGAGGUAUGGAGAUGACCAAGAAGGAGUUCCUGGUGCAGGAUGACAGUCCGGUGUUAAAGGAAUUCAUCAAAACAAACAGCGAGCAUCUCGAAUCUUUGAUCAAAGACAGCAAGACAGCACAGGAGGCUUAUGUCUCUGUUGUGGAGUAUUUUGGAGAAAAUCCUAAAACCAUGCAGCCUUCCAUGUUUUUCCCGCUGUUUGUGCGCUUCAUAAAGGCUUAUAAGACAGCACAGCAAGAACUUGAGCUGAAAAAGAAAAUGGAAAAGGAAAAGGAAAGUUCUGAGGAGAAAGAAACAUCAUCUCCGAACAAGGCUGCUGCACAAAAGGGCCCCAUGAUGCCGAAGAUGGAUCUGAUAGCAGAACUAAAGAAGAGGCAGGUGAAAUCUCCGGUACGCGAGGGAAAAGAUGGUGCUCUGGAGGAUAUUAUUACAGAUCUGAGGGCAACACCCUACAGGCGCUCAGACGGUCGUCGUCCAGCUCAACGCCAGGAAACUUGAGUCAAUUUUGGUUUAUUUUUUGUGGUUUUGAUGAAUAUGCAUAACAUGCACUCAAAUAUACAAGCAACUAUACCAAGCUUUUAGAAUAUGAUGUAUAUACAAUAUAACUUGAACCAGCUUCAGCAUCAUGUGUAUUAACUAUAUUUUUAGUGUGAAUUAGCUAUGUAAAUACAGGAGAACAUAAAACAGUUUCACCAGUAAGUUCUCCAACUUUGAUUCAUCAAAACUAUUUUUACCAAUUCUAUGCUCCAUCAAUGGACUUGUAUGCUCUAAAAUUGUAAUACUGUUAAAAAAAAAUCAUGAUAUAUUUUUAAAGUAAACCUUUUUGUAACCAUU